GUGGUAGGGUCUCAGUCAGACUUGUGCCGUGGUGAGAGAGAGAUUGUACGUCGCUUUCUACUCCCGCCACCUGUUGCUGUUCCUACGCCAGUUUAACACACAAAUGGAGGGAUUUUACCGCGUGGAUCUCUUUCCUUAAGCCCAGAAACACGAGAAAGGAAAGAACUCAAGUGUGUGAAGGAAAAACGUGGAUGUUAGUCAAACUUUUAAUCUUUUUUUUUCUCUCUUCUUCAUCUCGCGGCGCUGAGAUGACGCGGAUGAGGAGAAUGGAUACCGCGAAUGUGUGCACGGUUGAAACAUCACAAUAAGACACCACAGGACGCGAGAUGAAGCUGAAGGAGGAGGAGAAGGAGAACGAGGAGGAGAUACGGAGAAUACAAGGUCAUCUCCAUCCACUAAAUGACACGGAGAGACAUCGCAACCAUCAGCAUCCCUCCCCCGCCCGCCCGCCCCUCCCCUUGCCGCAGUGACAGGGGCAGGGUGGCAGGGGCGCGCUGGGUUCUGUCCCUGCAUAGACUGUGGGUAUGCUGUCUGUGGGUACUGAUUGCCACUCCUGUUAACACCUGUGCGGAUUCCAACGGCUGUGACUUCUUCGGCAGCGGACUGAAACAAGACGGCCGUGGCAUUCAACCCGUGUAUCUCAGCUGUUCUUCUGGGCGCGUGGAGUGGCAAUACCCAAGAGCGGGACUUCGGGUUAUCCUAAGGUCCCCCACUAAGGGCAAGGACUUCAGAGCGUGCAUCAAGGGAGCGGAGAAGUUUGAGGGCGCCAGAGUUUACCUAGAGGGGCACCGUUCCUUACUGCCUCUCUUCGCUGCUGAUGAUGGCAGGCCUCGUGAUCUCGUGCGCUGCUUCACCAGUUACAAAGGCGAGGCGGCGCUUUACGUGGAGGCGGAGCAAGGGACGGAUGGUCUCAAGAAGCAGGUGGCGGGCUUCGAGUACGACUUGAAAGCAAUGCAAGAAGGCGCCAUUUAUGAUCCCAUGGAGGAGUGCCGACCCUGUACUGAGGAGGAGCUACUGCAUCUCUACUGCUCUGGUGACUUCGUGGCGCGUGGGUCCAUUCUUGCAGUGACGGACAAGCCUCGUUUGGACCUCACCUCUCUCACCAUAAGGGCGUCGAAGAUCUUCCAGCAGACCUACCCUGUGUUUGGUCACGGCCACGCACACCCACACCGAACCAGCGCCGAGAGAGGGACGCAGAGGGACGCUGAAGACGAGGAGGAAAAUGACAUCUCCUUCAGCAGUUUAGUGGAGGAAGGGAGUUACAUUGGCAAAGUCGUCAUGCCCAUGCAGUGCGGAGCGAGAUGGGGAGAUGGGGAGUUUCUGGUGAUGGGGGUGAUGCGCCUCGGCCAGCCCCUCAUGCGAUGCGCCCCUAGGUACGAGGAAUGGCUAGCCCUCACACGCCGCGCCCAGAGUCAAGCCCAAUGUAUCCUGGAGUCCUGAGAUCAUGCAAGGAUGAGUAGGAUGCGUCCGUACUCCAGCGGUGUCUUUGUACGAGAUGUGAUGUCCUGAAGGAGUGAAGGAAUAAGGUUAUAUGUCCUUCGCCCUUCUGUACACGUCAUAAAGGAGUGUAGGAUGUGAUAUAAUGCCAUGAAGGGAUGUAGAAACUGAAAUCCUUCCUCCUGUACACGUGUUAAGGGCGUGUGGGAUGAAAUGUGAUGUUCUGAAGUGCAAAGUGAGAUUAAGUUGUGCGGGAUGUGAUGCGUCCUGUAAUGCGAAGGAGUGAAGGAUGUAAGGAAGAGUGUAGGAUAUGAUGUCCCUCGUCCUUGUACAGACAAUUAAGGACGUGUCAGCUCCGUGUAGGAUUAUGAUUGAUGUCCUGAAGUGCAAAGGAGUGAAAGGACAGGAACUAAGCGUCACAUAUUCCUACAAAACAUCUCGGGGCAUCGUAGGAUUGUGAAGGAUGUGAUAAUAUGAUAUCCUUUAGUGCCAGUGAGUGCCAAUAUGUUAACGCAGUGCCAACAGUGAAAAGAAAGUUGAUAAAUGACACUAGUACAUAAAAUCACAAUAAAAAAGACAAAUUUCUCAACAAAUGACCGAAAAAAAGUGAAAAAUGACACUCAAACAAUAAAAUAAAAAAAAAAAAGACGAAUUCCCAAUAAGGGUCACUAAAAAAAAAUACACUCAAAUCUUGGUUCCUGAAAUGAAUAAAAAAAAAAGACACGUGGUGAUUAAGAUGAUAAGGUAAUAAACCACUAAACCGAGUCGUAAUGAAGUGAAAUUUAUAAGUGAAGGAAACAAGUGCCAAACAUGUUCCUCUCGAGUGCAAUACGUGAGUCGAAAGGAAUUUGGGGGAGAGGUUGUAUAGUGUGUGUGUGUGUGUGUGUGUGUGUGUGUGUGUGUGUGUGUGUGUGUGUGUGUGUGAGUCAUUGAAGCGAAAGCGGGAAAAAAAAAAUACGAAAGAGAAGAGGGAAAAGAGAUGGAAAAGUAAAUAACACCACAAAAAACAGAUCCUUUCUCUCUCUCUCUCUCUCUCUCUCUCUCUCUCUCUGCUGGUGUGUAAGGUGUGGUGGGAGGCGUGCAGGUGUGUAGCAGGCGUGGGAGGUGCAAUACGCAGGUGUGAAUGGAAUAACUAAUGAUUUUUCCUACCUGUACGAAAUGAGGAGAAAAAUGAAGGAAUGAAUUAAUGAAAAGGAAAAAAAAAGUAAGGAUUAUGCCAUUAAUUCUCUCUCUCUCUCUCUCUCUCUCUCUCUCUCUCUCUCUCUCUCUCUCAAUAUAAGCAGGCAGAUAAUUACUUGUGAAUAUGGUGUAAUUUGUGAAUCGUGUAAUAGUUCGCUAAUUGAGUUUCAUAUGUGAUUGUUGUGUCAAAUGGUAGUAAUAGUGUAAAUAGCAAAGUUAAUAUGGCCAUUUGGGAAGUGUGUAUGUGUGUAUAUAAUAUUUUUUUUACGUUUGUCUGAGUUAGGGGUUGAAAAAAAAUGUCAGUUUUCUUUUUUUCUGUCUUUUGCUCACGUUUUCUUUCAUCGUAUGGUAAUUGCUUAUAUGUUGUUUUGUUACCGUUAUUUAUUUCGAUAUUUUUCUUUUUUUUUUUUUUUUUUUUUUUUUUUUUUUUUUUUUUUUGAGUUUUCUGUCUUUCCUUUGGACUGCAUUGGGGACGUCUGAUUCCCAUGCUCUAUCAUUCGUUUUCUUUCAUGUGUCUGCUACGUAAUUCCCGUUUUCUCCCAUUUUCUUUCGUUGCGUCUCGUUUCCAUUAAGAAUUUGCUUUUUUUAUUUUACGUGUUGUGGAAAUGAACAUCGAAUUAUUCUUACUUUAGUUUCCCCUUUAGUUUUCCAUCAAAAGUGCAUUAAUUUCUCGUUUUCUUCUUAAUUAUCGUGGCCUAUUUCAUGUCUGCAUUUCCGUUUUCUAUGUGUAUGCGAGUUGGAAAGGUGCCAAGUGACGCCCAUUUUCUGUACAUUUUAGAGAGAGGACUAACCUAAGUAUGUUUUCUAUAAUCAGUUUAGGACAAUCUAAUGAAUAAUUGAUCUCAGCAGCCCACAACCUCGCUACUAACAGCAUUAUCUCCUCAAGACAGCAGCAAUAACAGCAAAGGUAACAAGUUGGUAAUAGCAAUUGUAAAACGAAGCUCAUAUUAAUCAACUUUUUUUUUUUUUCAUUUCAAUUUUUAUUAUUUAUUUUCCUCUUUCAUUCCUUCAUUCUCUUUUCCUCAAUUUUUCCUUUCGUUUUCUUCAUUUUCUUGUUUUCUUUUAUUUUCUUCCUUCUCUUUUCCCUUUUUUUUUCUUUUCCUUCAAUUUCUUUUUCAGUUAAUCUCCAUUUCUCACUUUUAAUUUUUCUGGUUAUUGCUUUCUCUUGUUUCUCAUUAAACAAGAGAACAAUAGCAUGACUUUCCCAGAAAUAGCAAAAGGAUAGUCAGUAUUUGGCAACUUUUUUCAUUUUAAUCAGUUUCGUUUUUCUGAAUACUUGAAUUGAGCCUUGUUAUCAAUUUUGUUCUUGCUUGACAUUAUACAACAGAUCAAUUGCAUAAAUGUACAAUAGAUAACAGAAUGACACUCAAUAUUAAUCAUCUUUUUCUCUUUAAUAUGCUUAAAUUAUUUUGGACAUUUGGACUGAGCUUCUUUUCACAUUUAAUCAUAACAAUAACAGCAAAAAAAAUGACAUCACAAGGAAUUGUAAACAUGACAACCAAUAUUAGUACGUAGUUUUUUUUUUUUCAGUGUGAUAUAGCCUGUUUCAAAAUGUUUCUGUAUAACGAAAUUGGUACUUUUCAUAAUAACUUAAUCUUUCUUUACUUAAAACAAGAGUAACCAGUAAAAAUAUGUUGGUCUUAUAUUUACACACACGAUUAUCAAUAUCAAUAAUCAACUUUUUUAAAUUUAUUUGUAAUCAUCUUUGGAUAAUCAUAUCAAUUUGUCUUCAUAACUAUUUCACCUCACUUUCUUUCAAUCCUUUCACUAUCACACAAUUUUUCAACAAUCCGUCACAGAUUUUAAAGCAAGUUUUGCACUGUUUCUGCAUUUCUUUUAUAAUCAACAAACUUGCAUUUUUUAAAGGCUAUUAAAACAAGAAAACUUAAACUGAUCCGUCAAUUCAUUUCACUUACUUUCAUUCAAUUUUACUUAAUAAUCCAAAUGACCCUAUUAAAAUUUUCAAUACUCUUUAACUUCCUCUCCUUUCAAUGUCCAUUACUCGCUGGCCAGAAUUUCUUGCAAUUUAUUUCACUGGAUAAAGCAAAUAGUUUUCUCAAUAUUUUUUUUACGAUUCCUUGAUUUUCUCUGCUCUCAAUAUCCAUCAUUCGUCAGCCAGACCACGACAAAUGUCAGACUGAAACACAACCAACAGUCAACCUUCCAUUCCAAUCAACCCCUUCAGUACCAUGACACGUCUUCACAUUUGUUCAAUUUAUUAAUAGGUGAUUUUACACAGCUUCAAAAUCUCAUAUCGGGAUUAAAAUAGUGAAGAUUCUGGACCAUUAACCUUCUGACCUUCAUAAAUCCUUACUAAUGUCAAUAAAAUCGUCUAAUCAUACUCAAAACUCAUGGUAAAAAUGUGUCACAGUACUGAAGGGGUUAAACACGUUCUUUUUACAUAACCAAGCAGCUUUUCUCCGGAUGACUGUGAAUGUCUGCCUUUCAAAUAUCCAACCCAUCAAUAGAAAGUCUCCAGCCGACCACAGAAUCACAAAGCACAAUCGUUCAAACAACUUUCAUGGAGCUAGUCGCGUGUUAUGAGAUAAGCAUGAAUUUUGUAUUUUUAUUUGUAUGAUUACUUUCACGUCUUAACAUCAUUAUUUAAUCAACAAUGGAGUGAGAGAUUUGUAUCAUUUUUCCUCUUAAUUAACACGUUCUUUCCCUUCAAUAUGUGUGUAUGUAUGUAUAUUAUUGUGGUUUUUUUUAAAGUUAACAUUCAUUUAUGUGUGUAUGUAUGUAAAUUACUGUGUUUUUUUCAAGUUAACAUUCAUUUAUGUGUGUAUGUAUGUAAAUUACUGUGUUUUUUUCAAGUUAACAUUCAUUUUUUUACCAUAAGUGUGAUAGUACAUGUAUAUUUUUUUUGUUUUGUUUACCUAUAUUUGUGACUAACAUUAUUCUUUGACUUCCUUUGAGGCUUUUGUAUUCUAUGUGUUUCUUUUGUCUCAACCGUGAAUUCAGUGUGCCAAAUUAGCGUGUGUUUAUUCUCCGCCCUGUAUUUAUUAUUUUUCCUUCUUCCCCUUUGUAUUUAUAAUUGUUUCCCCGCAUCCUUUGUUAUUCUCCUUAUUUGAUAUCGUUUAUUCGUUUGUGUGUUCCCUUUGUGUAUAUUUUUUUGCCCCGAAUAAUUUUUUUGUUGUACUUAUGUAAACAAGUAUUUGUCUGUGUAUAUAUAUGGAAGAAAUAUGCUUUUUUUUUUUUUUUCUAUGUGGAUUACUGUGUGGAUGAUGUGUGGAAAUAUAUAUAUGAAAUGUAUGUGAA